AUGCACACAAUUCGAUGCUGCUUGUUUUACUGUAGCCACGAACACGCAGCAAUGUUGAAAAUAGUUUCUUUUAUUAUUUGUUUUAAUUAUGUGUUCGCUUAUUUCACGCUACCUGGAAGCUGCCCGGAAGAGGUGACGUUAAAAGAAGAUUUUAGAUUGCCAGAUUUCUACGGAAAAUGGUACCAGUCCUACCACUACUCUAGCGAUGGUCAGCAACAAAAUAAUUGCUCAAGCCUAGAAUUAUUGACUAGACCUUCAGGGAUUUAUCUCAACCAGUCUAGAGUUGACCGCGGUCUGUUCCACCGGUUUAGUAUUGGAAAGCUUGAUAUCAAUCCGAGAUUGGAAGAUGCUGCACGUUUAGAUCUUAUUUUUGCAUUUAAAAAUGCUCCCAGGCGAUUAAAGACAAGAAGAUACCCAUUCCACGUGCUUGCAACUAACUACAAUUAUUUUGCUACUGUCUACACUUGCCAGUAUAGUCCACUUAUCGACAAACAUUUUCUUUACGUCUGGAUCCUUUCACGGAAUCCAAUCCUGAACGAUGUUUCAAAGGAGUUGGCGAUUAAACCCUUGCAGCAAAUCGGUAUUGACUCCUCUAAGCUGGUUAAAGACGAUCGAAGCAAAUGCGUUCCGAAAUACUUCGAAGAUAUACCAACAGAACCCAUGACUUUUAGAUUCCCAGUGCCAAUUUAAGUGGCAUUUAUAAUAAUUACUUGUGCAUUAGAGUCUCCAUAGAAUAUCUUUUUUAUGUAAAUCAGAUAAAUCUAAAUUUUUUAAAUUGAUUGAAAACAUUUUUUAUCUAAAAGAAAUGCUUACGUCAAACUACUAAGUAAUUCAGUAUUGUAUUGUCAAUACCAAAAAUUAUCAAAGCUUUACGAUUACUAAAUAAUGUUUAUACUUGAAGAUUAACAUAAUUGCUGAACCUGGUAACAGCUAUAUUGUAUAUAAAAUUCGAUAAGCAGUAAAAAAAAUAGUUUUUUUUUUCGAUUUUAAAUUUUUUAUUUAUAUCGGUACUAAAAAAGUGUUAUGGAUCUAUAUCACUGCCGUUGUAGUAAAUUGCUUGAACGUGCGCCGUCCAGUGGUAACUACAGAGUUCCUGCGAAUGUUCCACAGUCUCCAUAUAUGCAAGACUUAUUGCGGGUAAUAAAUUCAAUUCCUUGUACGCAUUA